AUGGAAAGUUCUGCGAAUAGUGACAAUUACAAACACGUUUUAAAUAAACGUAUAAAUGGACUAUGGGGAAAACGUUUAAAUAAUUUAUGGGGAAAACGAUCUGAAAGUGAUAGUGAUGAAAAAUAUCAUUAUACUCUUCGAGAACUCUAUGAUCAAGCAUAUCGUAAUCAAUAUGCACAUCCUCGAUAUUCGGGUUACAGUAGUGAUUUAAAUCCUUUGACUAUUCAACAAUUAAUGGCACAGCGUACAGAAUUGGAUGAUGACAAUGAAAAUACAGCGGACAAUAUGUCAUAA